UCCUAAAGGUGCUUUUGUUUGGAGUAAGUAUACAUUAAACAUGGUCCUUUUUUUUUUUGACACAAGAUGUAAAAGAUAUUGAUGAACCAUCUAAACGUGAAUCUAUCAUAAUGAACAGCACGAGCAGCAGGCCUUGAUCAAAAUAUAGUAAAUGGAUACAGCAAAUUCAACACGAUGUUCGUUGUCAACUUCAUUCUUUACUGGGUUAGUUUUGUUCUGACCUUAUUUGCUUUCGUCUUUUCCGUCUGCACCCAUUUCAAUCGUAUUACAGAUUCUAUCGCUUCUCUUGCUUCAGGCCUUGCUUUUCUUGUGUUGUUGGCUUGCUUCGUCAUCUUGGCUAUUUGUGCUUUUCAACUCGUGGAUAUUGCUAUUAACUCUGUCGAUGACUACUCUGGUAAUGUUGGACCCUGUACCUGGAUGACAUUAGGUGCUUUAUUAGGGCUAUUACUCGCCACUAUCUACUAUGGUUUGGGUUGCUGGCUUCGUAGAAAGCGACAACCUGCCACUACCGAUAAUUAUUAUGACAAAUACUAAAAGCGUACUUGAAAAAGCAUAUGAACAGUUACUUCUUCUUUCCGUAACAAUGAAUCUUCUACUUCGGUACUUGCACAUAUUAUUAGAUUCACCUCUUUAUUCUAUAUCUUCUUCUAAUAUUUACGCGCAUACAGUUGCGCAUCGUUAUAUCUUUUUUUAUACACAUAUUAAUU